AUGCGAUUUCUCUGCCUUCACGGCCACGGCACAAACUCGCAGAUCCUCGAGGCGCAGCUGGAACCUCUGCGAAGCCGCCUCCCUCGAGACUGGGAAUAUGAAUUUCUCGACGGCGAGAAGGAGACGAUUCCGGCCACAGGCAUUGACGCAGUUUUUCCGGGUCCCUAUGUCUGCUACCACGAAGAGCCCAUUCCCGAAGAUGUUCAGCACGCCGUGGAUCUCGUGAAGGAGGUCAUAAGGGAGGAGGGACCGUUUGAUGGAGUCAUUGGCUUCUCGCAAGGAGCUGCGCUCGCGGCGACGGUAAUUGCAGCCGAAGCUGAGAGAGACCCAUUGGCCGAGACGUUUAAGGUGGCCAUCUUCCUCUCUGCGACCAUGCCCUUUGACUUUUCCGCCGGAAAGCUACGUCUCACGUGCGAGGCGGACAAUACCCUGACGGCGACUCACCAGGACAUUGAUGGUACGAAAUUGGACGGCGGGAAGCAGGAUUGGCUGAACGAUUGCCGCACUGCUGGCGUAAUUGCAGAGUUCCAGGCGAGGAGACCUCAGGUUGAGAAGUCAGCGCUGCCGCAGAGUGUCGAUGUUCUUCUCCGCUACCAUCCGUCGACGCACCCCCAGCAAAUUGACAUCCCGACCGUUCAUGUUAUUGGACUUAAAGACGAGUACCUUGAUCAUGGGAAAAACCUGGCAGGAAUUUGCAACUCCAGAAUUCAGCAGGUGGUCACGCAUGAUGGAGGCCAUCAGCUACCACGAGAGGGGGCGACAGUGAGCAGGGUUGCCGAGGCAAUCCAGUGGGCAGUCGACAGGAUGCUUUUCCAUAACUAG